GAGCUGUUCGUGAAGGUGCUGCAGAAGCGCGGCGUCGACAACGCGUUCGGCAUCAUCGGCUCGGCGAUGAUGCCGAUCUCGGACCUGUUCCCUGAGGCAGGGAUCAAGUUCUGGGACUGCGCGCACGAGUACAACGCAGGAAUGAUGGAGGUUGAGCAGAUGGCCAUGUUCAAGGACUGCGUCUGCUACCAGGAGGAGGUGCGGGACCCGAACCGCAUCGCGGAGGUGCUCAACCGCGUCAUCGAGAAGGCGCUGCGCGGCAGCGCUCCGGCGCAGAUCAACAUCCCGAGGGACAUGUGGACCAAGGUAGUGGAACUGCCACUGCCGUCCGCCACUCACAUCGAGCGCUCGCCGGGUGGCCAAAAGUCUGUCAAGGAGGCCGCGGCGCUGCUCUCGGAGGCCAAGUUCCCGGUGAUCCUGAACGGCGCUGGAGUGAUACUGUCCGAGGGUGGCAUCGCGUCGCGCAAGCUGGCCGAGCGUCUGUCUGCACCCGUGUGCUGCAACUACCAGCACAACGAUGCCUUCCCGGGCACGCACCCCCUCUUCGCGGGCCCGCUGGGCUACAACGGCUCCAAGGCCGCCAUGGAGCUCAUGGGGAAGGCCGACGUGGUGCUGGCCCUGGGCACGCGUCUGAACCCCUUCUCGACGCUGCCCGCCUACGGCAUGAGCUACUGGCCCUCGGACGCGAAGCUGAUCCAGGUCGACAUCAACAGCGACCGCAUCGGCCUUACCAAGCCCGUGGCCGUGGGCAUCCAGGGCGACGCCGGCCUGGUGGCUGAGGGCCUCCUGGAGCACCUGUCCCCCUCCGCCGGGGAGGCGGGCCGUGCCAGCCGGGAGGCGCUGGUGAAGAGCGCGAAGGAUAGCUGGGCGACGGAGCUCGAGUCCAUGGACCACGAGCAGGACGACCCGGGCACCACCUGGAACCAGCGCUGCAGGGCGGCGCACCCAGAGAGGAUGUCGCCCCGGCAGGCGUGGCGGGCCAUCAAGCGCGUUCUUCCGAAGGAUGCCAUCAUCUCCAGCGACAUCGGGAACAACUGCGCCAUCGGCAACGCCUACCCGUCGUUCGAGCAGGGGCGCAAAUACCUGGCCCCGGGCCUCUUCGGCCCCUGCGGCUACGGGUUCCCCUCCAUCCUGGGCGCGAAGAUCGGCUGUCCCGACGUCCCCGUCGUGGGCUUCGCAGGCGACGGCGCGUUCGGCAUCUCGCUGAACGAGCUCACUGCCUGCGGCCGCAAUGACUGGAAGCCCGUGACCAUGGUGGUCUUCCGCAACUACCAGUGGGGCGCCGAGAAGCGCAACACGACCUUGUGGUACGCUGACAACUUUGUUGGGACGGAGCUGAACUACGGCGUGGAGUACGCCGCCGUGGCGAAGGCAUGCGGCCUGAAGGGUGUAAAGGUCAGCACCACUGCGGAGCUCGAGAGCGCGCUGACCGAUGCGAUCGAGGGGCAGAUGAAGAGGAACGAGACGACUCUGGUGGAGGUGGUGUUGAACCAGGAGCUCGGCGAGCCGUUCCGCCGCGAUGCUAUGACCACUCCGGUCAGGUACGUGGAGCUCGGCAGCCCUUGA